AUAAAUUCGCGAUGUCGACGAUUUCAAAUCAGGUUUUGUUCAGUGAUCAAAACAAUGACAUUGCGAAUAUUGUGUCUCUUCAGUUUUUUGGCGUUUUCGCACGCUAGAGUCUUUCCAUUCUUUGAUCCGAGGAUCGUAGGUGGAGAAGAUGCUAAAGUAGGCGAGUUUCCGUAUCAGGUCUCUCUUCAAGACAAAGAUUCCGGCUACCAUUAUUGUGGCGGCGCAAUUCUGACCGAUAAAUACGUCAUCACGACAGCUCUCUGCGUUGGGAUAGAAGGAGCCAAAGGAAUAAAAGUUGUUGCUGGCACCAUUAACCUAACUAAUCCGAAAUCAGAACAUAACGUUGUAAAAGCCAUUAGGCACGAAGGAUUUAAUCCAAAUAAUUCCUGGAUUAACGAUAUUGCGCUACUGAAGGUGGACCCUCCCUUCAUAAUGUCUGCCACCGUCGGACACGUUCCCCGGCCACCAACAGAUCACGUCGUUAAGCCGAAUGACGUAGCUGUUGUGUCGGGAUGGGGUUCCCUCUGGGACGGAGGACCAAGAACUACCAAGCUACAACGAGUCAACAUUUUGAUCGCUGACCAAGACUAUUGCAGGUAUAUGUACAAGAAUAUUGGAUAUAAUGUCCAUCCAACGCAAGUGUGCGCAUUUGACCCGUCAGCCGAGAAAGGAUCUU